AAUAUUAUUGAUGAAACAGUGUAUCGACAUAUUUUGUUAAAUAGUAAGGAAAUGGGAGGUAAUCCAUACCGACUUAAAACCAACCAUGGGAAAUAAUUACGCGUCAUGUGACUCAAGUACAAAAUACACACUCUGAUCACGUGAUUCCAGAUUCACAAGCAGCUGUGAAACAGCUGAUCGACUAAUGGAAAGUUUCACUUAAAUACUAACAAAAAUUGUGUAUUAAAAGUGAUUUCAUUGGAAAGGAUGAUGUCGCCUGCUAUCGUUUGAACAAGUUGUUAGCGAUGUAACUUAUCUGUGUUAUAUAAGAGGUGGUGUACAUAAAUGCAGACGACGAUUAGAAAAGGGACGCUGGGUUACGAGGAGUGGUUUGACAUUUCGAUACCUUACGAGACCUUACGAGAAUUCAGAUUUCUUAAGAUAACCCGGGUAUAAUAAAAAGCACUCGAUAAAGCUUAUAUUUUAAUUUAAGUUUAUUUAUGCGAUACCGUUUAAUGCCCGGAGGUUUUAUUAUUCUGCGUUACAGCGCACAUAAAUAAUAUAAAAGAAAAAUAUUGGAACGUAAGAAUUAUUUGCAUGGAACGAGUGAAUUCAAGUGUUCAUCAGCUUCGGACAGUUAUUGUACAUGUGUAUGGAAAAGAAACUACAAACUGUGUUGAAUGUUUAGUGUGUCAUAUUAGCAUUGUUUCUGACUCAGACGACAACAAGUAAAAUACAAAGUUUCUACCGGAAGUUGACUGUAGAGCGCACUGGAGGACUUGUAUAUGAUGAGACAGUUUAAUAUUACAUGACGGAUACUGCUGAUCAAACCAUGGGAGGCGGAAGGGAAAAAGACGCCAACGGGAAAGAGACUCGAAAUGGCGACGGUAUUCAAAAAUCGCCAAAGAAUGAAAAUAGACGGAAGUCGAUGUCGAAAGAAAAUACACCUGUUCCACCCCCGGACGGUGGGUGGGGUUGGAUGGUUGUUCUGUCAUCGUUCUUGAUACAUAUAAUAGCUGACGGCAUUGUUUAUUCAUUUGGAAUAUUUUACAUGGAAUUUCUAGAAUAUUACAAAGGAGGAAAAGGAGAAACAGCCUGGGUCGGUUCAUUGGUACCCGGCGUUACGUUAAGUGUUGGUCCAUUGGCGAGUAUUCUGACUAACAAGUAUGGUUGCCGGGUUACCACAAUAGCCGGCGCUAUUAUUGCAGCUGCGGGGUUUGUGCUCAGCCUAUUUGCUCCUAACCUUUACUUCCUGUAUUUCAGUUUCGGUAUUAUGGCAGGUCUUGGAUUCGGCCUAAUAUAUUUACCAGCAAUUGUUAGUGUCGGAUAUUACUUUGAAGAAAAGCGUGCCUUUGCGACAGGCCUUGCUGUUUGCGGCAGUGGUCUUGGUGCCUUUAUUUUCAAUCCAUUUUCAAAAUAUUUGAUCGACGAGUUCGGUUGGCGAGGUGCAAUAUUGAUCGAAGCAGGCAUUAUAUUAAACUGUGUUUUGUGCGGAGCUUUGUUCAGGCCAUUAGAACAUCCCAAAGCUUCUCAAAAUAGUGAUACUGCUAAGAAACCACCUUUAGAUUCACAGCUUGUAAAAGACAGUCUUGAACUUGAAUUAUUUGUAAGUAAUGGUACCACUGUGACGUCACAACCGUCGUCACCAACCCGUGAUAUUACUCCAUUUAGUUUAGAGCCCCCACAUAAAGACACUGCUAUAUUCCGAAGUGAUGGCGCGUUACAUCGUUCUACACACAAACCGAUGACGCCAUCACCCCUAACGAUGGACCAAACACAAGGCACUAAUUCCUCUACGCAGCCUCAUCUUAGACGACUACUUUCAGAAGAACAUCAUUAUCAUCAUCAUCGCCAUAGUAACCAGCACGCGCCAUUCCGUUCUCAUAGAAAUUUGGUGCUUG